UCGUUGUUGCUGCUGGCGGAGCACAGGCCGCAGUGAUUUGGUAGCCGCUGCAGUAGGAGGAAGGACCGCGGUUCUACCCCCUCUAUCUUUCAGUUUCGCCUCGAAAUUUCAUCGGUUGUUCCUUCUGGUAGCGAUCAGUAAAUCGAGCGUACAGCAACGGCGUCCUAUGAUAAUUGAGUCGUAGCAUUACCGACGGACAGUGACACCAAUCGCCAUUUCAAUUGCACGUUUUCCCUGACAGAACCGCUAGCACAACAAUGGCUCUGAAAAGAAUUCACAAGGAGUUGAAUGAUUUGGCCCGGGACCCUCCAGCCCAGUGUUCUGCAGGACCAGUAGGAGAUGACAUGUUUCACUGGCAAGCCACAAUCAUGGGACCUAAUGACAGUCCUUACCAGAGCGGGGUUUUCUUCCUGACCAUACACUUCCCCACAGACUACCCCUUCAAACCGCCAAAGGUAAGGAACACAACACAACACAGUAACAGAGAGACACUAAAACAUGCCACAGCUUUUUAUCAUUCAUUCAAUCUUCGAUCGGCAGUUAAAAGCGAAGCCGGAAGUACGCUGGGGGAUUUCCCUCUCGCUCUGGCAGAAUAUACCAAUCGGCCUCCUCGCACCUGA